ACCAUGGACGUGGAGAACGUGAACUGCAAGCUAAAGGUGUCCCAGUGUGCCGACAUGGAAAUCAUCCCCAUAGAACGACCCCUCAAAGUUACUCAAGAAAUAGGCGGCCUAGACAAACUGGUAGAGGAACUACACAAGGUGUUCACAAACGACUACGUCAACAUACAGGACGUUCAGAAACUGAUGGCAGGCUACAAAUCUGACCCGAAAGACUGGAGAAAAUACGCCAAGUUCGACCGUUUUCGCUACACUCGCAACCUGGUGGAUGCUGGUAACGGAGCCUUCAACAUCAUGAUCCUAUGCUGGGGCCCAGGACACGCUUCAGCCAUCCACGACCACGCCGACUCCCACUGCUUCAUGAAACUGCUGAGCGGGAGCCUGGAGGAAGUCAGGUACGACUGGCCAUCCACAGUGGAGCCCGAAGUGAGAAAAGUAUUAAACAGGCAUCGCGCCACAGAGGAGCACCUCGACACCAAAAUGGCGGCGCUGGACGUGAGCUGUCAGAAUGACAGCUGUCAAAAUUUCGGCGGGAAAGUUGACAGGUGUCAGUGCGCGAGCGAGUGCGAGGACUACAGCUCAGAUCAGAUGGAGGAGAUUGGACGGACGAGGCUCGAAGUUAAUGACGUUUGUUACAUAAAUGACGCCCUAGGCCUCCACCGCAUGGAGAACCCCUCACACGUGGACAGUGCGGUCUCCCUCCACCUUUACUGCCCGCCCUUCGAUAGCUGCCGAGUGUUCGACGCGAGGACUGGGAAACCUUCCGAGGUCAAGGUCACCUUCUGGUCCGUGAACGGGAAGAAGGUUAAAAGGGUUAUCGAGGCAACAGACGUGGCGGACAGUCAGCAAUAAAAAUAACGACACAAACAACAACAAAAUGGCUUCCAUGAUCAAUAUUUUAUAUUAAGGCAUAAUUUUAACCUAGUAUAUUUUAUUAGGUUUCUUUUCCAUUUUAUUUAUUAACAAAUAAAUAUUAAUUUGUUAUACCAAA